AUGUAUGACAGCAGUAGUGAACAUCAGACCGGAAGCAAAGCACCCUUGUCAAGGUGCAGCACGCAUCAUCUCCAACGGAAACCACUUGAAGACUGCUUAGAAACUCUUAAUUGGUACACUGACUGCUUUGUCUUCCCUCGCACCAAUCUUCCUUCCUGUUGGUCCACCCACUGUCUUACUCUUUCGUCAACGGCGAUUCGCUAUUCAUACACACAGCCCCCCAUCAGAAUGGAAGCCGAGACGCUUUUGCGGCUGACAGUACUCAGCUUUGGCGCUGCCGCUCCGCAGCCCACUCAUGCCAAGCACCACAAGGACAACGUAGCGCCGCCAACUCCCCAGAUUGCCGCAUCUCAAGAUAUACGCAUGACCUUCAUCAACCUCUGGGCAGGGCAACUCGGCCAGUUCAUUUCGGUCAACGCGUUUCUGCGCGAAACUCUCCUAUUUUUUCUCCCAGGACACUGGUGCUGCGGCCCCUGUGAGACGCAUAAUCUUGACCUCCCUGCAGACGCUGCCAUCGACACUAAAUCGCUUGCGCCGCGCCUUGAGCAAUACCGCACUCAACGAGCAGUGAAACAAUGGGCAAUAAACCCGUUUUUCCAGCAGCUCGACACACUCGUCACUGAGCUUCAACCCAAGCCGCGUCAUGCGCAGCCAUCGUUCCAGGAGUGGUUGAAAGUGGUGGAUCAUCUACUAACAGCUCUGCGCACGCUUUUCAUGACAAUGUACAGUGCCUUCUUUAACUCUUUUUGCAACGUUCACAAGACUCUUAUCGACAGCUUUCGAAGGCUGGCUUGGGAAGAUGUACAGACCUCUUACGCACUUGCUGUGUGCGACCUCUCUCGCACCAUCGAAUCAAAGCUCAUCACCGUUGUGUCGCACGCGAUUUCCACCAACGUUGACGCCUGCACGGCGAACACCACGCUGCAGCUCUUCCGCACGCCAGAUAACCUUACCGCCAACGAGGUCUCUGAUUAUGUGGCCUCAGCAUUGCUGGCACGACUCGGUGACGUCGCCUCGAGUGUAGCACUUAAUGCCCGCUUUGCGAAGCAAUUCCCUCAAGCAGCGACAAGUAUAAGUGUCGCUGAAGACAGGCGUGAAGAGUCUCUGGAGUCGCUUCGCAGCUCGAUAUCCUCCUACGUUGAGAAGCUUUUAGCAGCGGCUAGAACCACAAACCUAGGAGCACCAAGCAUCACAGAGCCUUCCGCUUUCCCUAGCGAUGAAUUAUCCACCUUCAGCUAUGCAAGCAAAGCUACUUCCACCCCACCGCUCAGCGUGGAAGCGAAAAGAAUCGCACAAGCUGCACAAGUGUUGCCGUGCAUACCUCGUUCUGUUUCGGUUGAAGACGCUUUCGCGCUGACUACCAUGUCGGAGGGAGCUGAUGUCUUUUCCAGCGUCGCUGCAGUCGCCGCAUCCAUCGGAGACGUUGAAGGGAGCGUCCGAAGCCUUGUGGCACAGCAACACGAAGAACAGCAAGCCGUACUGGGCUGGGCACCGAACAAUAAAGGCAGGCAACGCGAGAGCUGGUAUGGCGCUGACAAGACUUCUGAGGUCACCAACCCAGGCAUUGAUGAUGCUCCUGCACUAGCAAAGAAGCCGCCCGCUAUCCAAGAAAAACCAGUGGAGUGCUACAGAAGCGACCCCGGGGAAACGGCGUUGUUUUGGAAUAGGCUGAGGCAGAAGCUUGGCCUGGAUGAGGCAUCAGUCACGCAGGCAAGGGCACAGUGCGGCUUUCGGUGUGAAUCGCCGUAUCCAAAUGUGUAUCUCAAAGAUCUCGAUGUGCGCAACAACGACCGGACCACUCAGCUCUUCGUGGAAGAGGUUCGACCGCUGCUUUCACUCAAAGACUCUCCCACACUAAAGGCGAGGAAUGUGCGACUUUUCCGUGAAGCCUGCACCAGCUACGGCAAGCAGCUGUGGGAAAAGACGCUUGAGAUUCGCGAAACGCUACCGUGUCUACCGGUUCGCGUGAGAGGUGUUUUGCUGGGGACAAUGUACUCGGCCAUGCGGGCAGACAAGCAGUUUCAGUCCCUCAAGCAAAUCCGUGUGCAGCUGUGUCAAGUCGCCACCAAAACAGGCGGCACCGCAAAGGACGCGGCAACAUUAUCCAAUGCCGAAGAGCAGUUACUCAAGAGAGCAGAGCUACUUGCCCAAGCGGUGAAUGCUACCGAGAAUGAUGCAGUAGAGGAAAAUCGCAGUCAGGCACAGCCAACUGAAGUAACAUCUGCCCAAAAACCAGAGUGCCGGGAGAAGGCAGCGCUGACAAGCAUUUCGAGUGAAACAGCCCUCUUCAAAAAAGGCCUCUGUGGCUCUAUAAGCCGCUAUGCAGGAGCCAUUGGAAGCUCGGUUUCACUGCAGACGACGAGCGCCCGCUCUACUGAUGCUGCAUGGCCGCGCUCUGCUGUGAUGGAUGUGUUGGCGCAGUCGCGAAAGAGUAUGGCAGAGCUGCCAGUCCAGGAAAUUUCACCUGGAACCCCUGUCGCCGAUGUUUACCGCCAAGCGUGUCGAUGCCAUGGUGUAAGCCCAAACCUCAGUGUGGUGCGCGAGCUCAGCGGCAGUGAUGCAGACUACUUUGCUACUCUCAAUCUCUCCAGCAACUACGUGGGUGUGGAGGGUCUGAGGCCGGUGCUGGACCUGCUGCAGUACAACGGCGAGCAUCUCAUUUCUCUCUCCGUCUGCAACAACGACCUGGAGAGUGAUGACGUUAACGAUCUGUGCGGCAUACUUCGAGGGCCAGCAGGCACAAACUUAGUCCACCUGGAUGUGUCUUACAACCCGUUUACAAACGCUACGUUUCCUGCUCUCAAAGAGCUUGUGUCAUCUCUGGCCUGCAUCGAGACACUAGUGAUGAAGGGAACCCUUCUCUCUUCAUCCGCCUCACGCGAGUUGCAGGUCAUUGUUGAAAGAAAAAUGAUCCAGCGGUGUUCCUGA